AUGGCUUCUAAUGGAAAAGAGACAACUAUGGCAUCCUCAGAGCAUGGAGAGGAAGAGCAACAGAAUGUCUUGAGGAGGGUGGCCAGCCUACCUUUAGUCAACUCUGCCUAUGAUCUAGCUGCCACUGCCUACGCUUCCACCAAGGAGAGCCAUCCCUAUGUGAGGUCCAUCUGUGACAUGGCAGAGAAGGGAGUGACGUCCAUAACCAAUGUUGCAGUUAGCAGUGCACAGCCGGUUGUAACUAAACUUGAACCUGAGGUGACGACAGCAGAGGAGUGUGCUUCUGAAGUACCUGACAAAGUGGAGGAUAAUCUACCAGUCCCUCUUCAGACUGCUGAUGAGGUUACAGCUGAAGCACAGGAGUUGGCAUCUUCCAGACUGACAGAUGUCAAGGAGACCAUGAUCAGAAUGGUAGAUAAGACCAAAGAGGCUGUGCAGGACAGUAUGAAGAGCACCAAAUCAGUGGUAACUGACAGCAUGAGCACAGUUGUGGAAUCAAGAAUGGGCCAAUUGGCCAUAAGUGGAAUGGAAGCAGUGCUGGAGAAAUCUGAAGAGCUCUUGGAUCACUAUCUUCCUAUGACCGAUGAGGAACUAGCUGAACUUGCUGAAUCUGUGGAAGGGGCUGAAGUGUCUUCAGCACAACCACAAGAGCGUCGGAGCUACUUCGUGCGUUUAGGUUCCCUGUCAACCAAACUUCGCCAACGUGCCUACCACUAUUCUUUAAACAAGAUGAGACAUACCAGUCAGAGCAUCAGAGAGGCUCUUUCCCAGCUUCAUCAAACCAUGGGACUGAUUGAAUACCUUAAGCAAGGUGUUACUCUUCAAGAAGUCCAGGAGAAGUUCCAUCACAUAUGGGUGAGCUGGAAUAGAAAGCAGACAAAAGGCAGUGAGAUCAAAGAUCUGGCAAAACCAGAGUUGCUGAAAUAUUGCAUCAUUGCCUUGAUUCAUACAAUUACCCAACCCCUGAAGACCAUCUACCUGAUCCUACUGGUUAUUAUUGAACUCUUUCCCGUCAACUUUCAGGACAAGAUGCAACAAGUUUCCCAUACCACAGAAGUGCUCCAUGCUUCAGUCUCCACUCUUGAUUCCUUCCAAGAUCUGUCUAGACGAAUCCUCUCCCAAAUAUGGGAGAAAGUGACUAAGGAGGAGGAACAUAUGAAUGAGCUGCUGGAGUAUUUGGCGUACAGUACACCUCUCUGUUGGUUUGUGGGACCCUUCAAUGCUUUAAGAGGUAGAACAUAA